CAAUGAUUGGAGAGAAGGCUGACCCAAGAAGAAGGUCUAAAAUAUUCAUUACAAAAGAACUGCAAAGAAUCUCUAAGUCACCCAGUGAAAAUUACAGUGUAGGUCUUUUAAACAACAAUAUCUACACUUGGGAGAUUCUUAUAAUAGGCCCACGAGACACAAUAUACGAAAAUGCUCUGCUUAAAGCACUUAUGGUAUUCCCAGAGACAUAUCCAGAAGAUCCUCCCACAUUUAAAUUUCUAUCGGAAAUAUGGCACCCAAACAUAGAUGUCGAUGGAAAUGUAUGCAUAUCCAUCCUGCACAAGUCGGGCGAUGAUGAGUAUGGGUAUGAGGAUGCGUCAGAGCGGUGGAUGCCUGUUAGAGAUAUAAAUUCGAUUCUUCUCUCUAUUAUUCUGCUGCUUGUAGAACCAAACUCAGAAAGCCCUGCAAAUAUUGAAGCAGCGCAGGAAUACAUUUCAAGAAGAGCAGAUUAUAAUAAAAAGGUAGAAAGACUUGUUCAAAAAACAAUAGAAUAA